AAACUAUUUCGGUUUGCUAGAGGAACAUUUUAAAUCUGAACUGAACCACUCACUUUGCUUUCUUAGCCAAAUCACCAAAAUGUCCAGUUAGAACAAGAAUUUAGCAUUCUGCAAAAGAAGUUAACAGCUGAGUAGAGACGGGGUUUCACCGUAUUGACCAGGAUGGUCUCAAUCUCUUGACCUCGUGAUCCACCCGCCUCGGCCUCCCAAAGUGCUGGGAUUACAGGCUUGAGCCACCGUGCCCGGCCUAAGAACUAAAAUCUUAUAGCAUCAGGAACAAAGAAAACUAGGUAAGGAGAAAACAUUCUGAAAUGGAUCCCAAAUAUUUCAUCUUAAUGUUGUUUUGUGGACACCUGAACAAUAUAUUUUUUUCAAAGACAGAGACAAUUACAACAGAGAAGCAGCCACAGCCUACCUUAUUCAGAUCAUCAACGUCAUAUGUCUUAGCUAAUUCUCAAAACACAACAGAGAAUCCUUUGGGUCAAUCAACACAAUUCAAUGACACAUCUUCUGGACAGUCAGUAUCAUCUGCCAAAGCCACUGCUGGACAACCAACACCAGCUGUCUAUACUUCUGGAAAAUCAGCAGCACAUACUUCCGCUGGACAACCACUUGCCUAUAACACCAAACAACUAAUACCAACAGCCAGCAACUCCUCCCAGCAACCUGUAUUCACCUCUGCCAGACAACUACCACCAUCUACCCAUAUUUCUACCACACAACCACCGCCAUUUGUCUAUACUUUCACUCAACAAUCAUCAUCUGUCCAGAGCCCUUCUGGAAAACGAAUACCACCAACUGUUCAUGAUCCAUCCACACAACCAACAUCAACUGUCAAAAAUUCAUCUAGGAGUACACCAGGAUUUAUCUUAGAUGCUAUCAGUAACAAAAAAACCCCACAAAAAAACAAUAAUAAUUCAACAGCUGCCAUACUAGUUGGUGUACUUCUGACUUCUAUGUUGGUAGCUAUAAUCAUUAUUGUACUUUGGAAAUGCUUAAGGAAGCCAGUUUUAAAUGAUCAAAAUUGGGCAGGUAGAUCUCCAUUUGCUGAUGGAGAAACUCCUGACAUUUGUAUGGAUAACAUUAGAGAAAAUGAAAUACCCACAAAACGUACCUCAGUCAUUUCACUUACACCCUGGAAGCCAAGCAAAAGCACACUUUUAGCAGAUGAUUUAGAAAUUAAGUUGUUUGAAUCAAGUGAAAACAUUGAAGACUCCAACAACCCCAAAACAGAGAAAAUAAAAGAUCAAGGGAAUGGUACAUCAGAAGACAGUGCUGAUGGAUCAACAAUUGGAACUGCUGUUUCUUCAGAUGAUGAUGCAGAUCUGCCUCCACCACCUCCCCUUCUGGAUUUGGAAGGACAGGAAAGUAGCCAGUCUGUCAAACCCACAAUGAUAAUUGUAUCUCCUCUUCCAAAUGAUUCUCCUAGUCUUCCUCCAUCUCUGGACUGUCUCAAUCAAGACUGUGGAGAUCAUAAAUCUGAAACAAUACAAUCAUUUCCACCCCCCACUGACUCACUUAACUUGCCCCCGCCACCAGUAGAUUUUAUGAAAAACCAAGAAGAUUCCAACCUUGAGAUCCAGUGUCAGGAGUUCUCUAUUCCUCCCAACUCUGAUCAAGAUCUUAAUGAAUCCCUGCCACCUCCACCUGCAGAAUUGUUAUAAAUAUGACAACUUGCUUUUUAGCUGAUCUUCUGUCCUUAAAUGACUCUCUUUUGAUUUUUUUUUAUAUGUUAAAAUAUAUAAAAUGGCAACUGG